CAUUACGUCUCCUGGAACGAAGAACCCUAGGCCCAGGACUUUUUCCAAGGUUGAUAAAUCACCGUCGAGAACAUUGAUCGAUCGGGCGAUUCCUGCGGGCAGAAGGCGGGAUUGGACUGAGAAAUCGGUUUGCCCGUCGAUUGCGGAUCCGAUCGAUCGGAGAUUUGGCUUGUAUCGUCUUUCUUGGUACAGGUUUGUUUUAGGAGUACAUUUGGCGUCAUGCGGUCGGAGUUAUGCUUACAGAUCCGACAUUGGGGCUUCGCUCUCCUCGUCAUGUGAUGGGUGAUAACAUUUGGGGGUUUCUGUUUCUUUCAUUGGAAUUCAGGAAUUGUAGAUGGAAAUUAGCUUUGAGAGGGCUGAAACAUCCGAUAUACCUACGAAGCCGAGUUCUUUGGAUCUCCAGAGCAUUUGCGUGAAGAAUUCAAGGAGCUCUGAUAGAAAAUCCUGGGCCGGGAAGGAGGUUUUGGUGUUGGAACAAGAAUCCAGAGUUUUCAAUAGGAAGCUUGGAUCCGCGUUUGUGGAAGGAGGAGAAUUUCUUUCAGAAUCAAGAAGGAAACCAAGCAGAAAAGAGGCUUCUGUGAGCAGUCUCGAGCGUGGUUCUAAGAGGCAGCGCAACAGUUUAAAUGUCUCAAGGCCGAAGCCAAACUAUAUUUCCUAUGCUCAGAAGAGGGACAAAACCACCAACACAAGUGAUGCGACACUUAAUCUGGAUUGGUCAAGUGGGAAUGAACAAUAUUUAGAAACUGAUCUUUAUUCACAGUUGUCCAAAAAGACAGAUCAUACAUCUUCAAGUGGUGGAACCUCUAAAAACGAGAAUUAUUUGGGAGAAGAUCUCUUUAUCCCGAAGCGGCCUAGGGGUAUCUUUAAGUGGAAAAAAGCUAAAGACCCUAUUAGCUUGGGAAUUCCAGUUGGUAACUCUAAUCAUGAGUGGAUUAAUACUGAUACCCAGGACCAAAAAUCAUCGAUUAGUGUAAAUUUAAAUUCACCAGUGUUGAAUGACAAGCAGAAACAGAAAGCUGAUGAUUUUGAGCCGAAUGGGUUCAAUAAAGAUGAUUCUGCUCCUUGCACUAGUGUUGAAAAUGAGAGUCAUUUUGAGGAUGAUGAUAGAAAGGUUGGAAUUAGAAGGAAGUUGAAGAUGUCUGAAUGGAAUUGUACUGGGAAUGAUGCACCUCUGAUAGACAACUCUGAGGAUUCAGUUGGGGAUUCUCUGGAUGAUGAUGAGGAGAACCUUGAAGAAAAUGCUGCUAGAAUGCUUUCUUCGCGAUUUGAUCCAAAUUGCACUGGUUUCUCUGGGAAGAGAACAUGUGCAGCAGAUCUGGUAGAAGGAUCAUCAUUUUUGCAAUCUGCCGGUGGUAGGUUGAAGGUCUUACAGGCUGAAUCUUGUUCAGUAGAUGCCAAAGGUCGGGUGCUUCGGCCAAGGAGGCACAAUGGUAAAAGCUUUGCUAGGAAGCGUCGCCACUUUUAUGAGGUUUGCUCAAGGGAUAUGGAUCCCUAUUGUGUCGUUAAGCAGAGGAUCAGAGUAUUCUGGCCUUUGGACAAAAGUUGGUACUUUGGCCUAGUCAAAGGUUAUGAUCCUGUAACUAGGUUGCAUCAUGUCAAAUAUGAUGAUCGUGAUGAAGAGUGGAUAAAUCUCCAAAAGGAGAGAUUCAAGCUGUUGCUUUUUCCAAGUGAAGUUUCCAGCAAGUUUAAUUUUGGGAAACCAGGGUCCCAAGUAAGACAGAAGAAAAUAGAAAAAAAGGUACAAGCCACACAGAGCACUUACAUAGGCAACCUCCUGGAAUCAGAACCCAUUAUCUCAUGGUUGACACGCACAAAUCACCAAGUUACAUCCUCCUCAUCUAGUACCAUAAAGAAGCAUCUUAGAGUUCGUCCUUUGAAGGACAUCGGGCCAUCUGUGUUAUCAGAGCCAAGGGAAAAUAUGUCAGUGAAUCCGUUGGAUAAGAAUCUAAAUAAAUUAUUUUCUAAUUUCAAUGAGUCAGACCAGGCAUGUGAUUGGAAUAUUAACAGUCUCUCUAAGCUAAAGAGGAGUAUUGGCUGUGAAGGAAGGAAGUUACCUUAUGUUUAUUUUAGGAAACGGUUUCGCAGCAGAAAGGAUAUUUUGGACACUAAAGUGGCACACAACGUUGCUCCUGAUGGCCCAGGUGGUUCAAUGACCAUUUGUGCUUCCAUUGCCAACAGCACAACAGCUAUAGAGAGAUUCAAUAUAAUUUUGACAUGGUUGGAAUUCGGAGAAGUAAUAUUUGAGUCGAGCUUACCACCACAAUGUUCUCUGGCACUUGCUUUUCAAAAAGAAAGCAUUUGGCUCUGCCAAUCCCUUUAUAUUCUGCAUCAUGGUCAACUAGUUUGUGCAUGGCCUACUGUUCAUAUGGAGGUCUUUUAUAUUGAUAAUGUUCUUGGGUUGAAGUUUCUGUUAUUUGAGGGUUGUUUAAGGCGUGCAGUCUCUCUUUUCUGUUUGAUCAUCACAACUGUUAAUGGGCAUAUUGUGAAGAGUAAUUUCACCGAGCCAGAAGUAUCAUGCUCAUCAAUUGGGCUUAGGAUUUCAACCUUGCACAAUUUAGGUGUAAAACUUCUUUUUGUUUUGAAUACCUUCUUCAAUAUGGAGAGUUUAAAAUGGAGGCAUCUUGAAGAUAAACUGAAAAAUCAUUGCACAAAGGAGGCAUUAAUAACGACUGAGUACACUUGUUCAAACAUCCAUGAGCUCCCUGGCGGUCAAAUAGUCCACAGUUCUGAUAUGUCACUUGAGAGAUUCUGGGAAAGAUCAAUCCUGGUUCAUAGGUCCAAUCCGGAGAAAUUGGUUGAUACAAGUACAAAUUCUGUUAUUCACUAUUUGGCUCAAGAACAUGAGAAGCCUCUUCUAUGUUCCCAAUUUUUUGCUGCUGGGCCUUCAUUUUCACUCAGUCUGCAUCUGAAUUUGCUGGUUGUGAAAGAUCCAUCUUCCUUUUGUUCUGAAGACAACAUUUUAGUAUCUUCACAAAAACACACAGAUAAUAAUGAUAAAUUGACAGCUAAUGGCUGCUCUUCUGCUGAGGACCCAUCUAAGCAAGCUGCAGAAACUCUUGAUAACUCAGGGCCCUUGUUGAGCCAGGCACCAGCAAGUCAUGGAAGACCAAGCACAGAUGCUUUGUGUGCUGAAAAUGAUGGUAAUUUGAAUGGAUCCACUAAGAAUUUUUUCACUAGUGAGGUUAAUGUGAUUCGAAAUGCUGUAGGUGGUAGUGGUAAUGGGGUGAAAAGCACUGGCGAUGCGGGUGCUAUUCAGUUUGGAAGAUUUUCAUGCAAGGCUGGAACAUCACAAUUUGUUGAGGUUUCCUGUUCUGAAUAUCCUAAAGGUUCCUCUCCAGACAAGUCCCUUGAUAGAGGAUGCAAUUCUUGUAUCAAUACUGCAAACCUCAAGGCUCAAUUGUUUGAUGAAGUUGAGAAUCAUUCUCUUCAUAAAGGAUUGCUGAUUGCUCACCCUGCAUCUAACUUAGUCCUUGAAAUGAAUGCACACACGAUACACAAUCCAACUGCUCCGCGAAGCAUGUGGCAUCGCAAUCGCCACACUUCACUUUCACGGACAUUUAUUCAUCCUCCAAAAUUUGGUUCGGAAGACCUUGUGGCAAAUGGCCCUACUAGUCGCUGCAGGAGGCGUCGAACUCAAGUUUCAUAUUCACAGUUAUCUGUAGGUUAUGAACAUUCUGCAAAACCCCAAAACAAUCACCAGAAGGUACAACCUCAUAGAAAAGUGAAGACUCUUCUUGCAAAUUUUUCAUCAGAUUGUUCUAGAAGUCCUCAAAAUUAUCUGGACUCAGUAGACUGUGCUGCUAAUGUCCUUGUUACUCAUGGUGACAAAUGUUGGAGAGAAUAUGGAGCCAAGGUUCAACUUGACUGUGAUGAUAAGAAGAAUUGGAGAAUAUGUGUAAUGGUUUCAGGGGCUACCAAAUAUGUCUACAAUGCACACCAUGUUCUGCAGCCUGGAUCCACAAAUCGUUACACUCAUGCAAUGAUGUGGAAAGGAGGAAAAGAAUGGAUGUUAGAAUUCACUGACAGAAACCAGUGGUACAUUUUCAAACAAAUGCAUGAAAAAUGCUACAACCAGAAUAUUAGGGCUGCAUCUAUUAAGAACAUUCCCAUUCCAGGAGUUCACAUGCUUUCAGAUGGUGAUGAUGGUUAUGUUGAAGUGCCUUUUGUGCGUGGUUCAUCAAAGUACUUUCGACAGAUGGGAACUGAAGUUGACUUGGCCUUGGAUUCAUCUCGUGUGUUGUAUGACGUUGACAGUGAAGAUGAAAAAUGGAUAUGCACAAUGAGAGUUACUAUGGAUGCCAUGGAUGGUAAGAUGCCUGAGGUUACAGAGGAUAUCUUUGAAAAGGUCAUCGACAUGUUUGAGAAACUUGCAUAUACUCUACAGUCCGAGGAGUUCACCAAUGAUGACAUCGAAAGAUACAUGGCUGAUGUUGGACCAGCAAACGUAGUCAAAGUUAUUUAUGAGUAUUGGAGGCUGAAGAGAAAGAAGAAAGGUUUGCCUCUGAUUCGGCAAUUUCAGCCUCCUCUGUGGGAAUGUUACCAGCAGCAACUAAAGGAGUGGGAAUCAAGCAUGAACAAAAUGCCUAUCCAGCCUGAAGGUUGCCAGGACAAAGCAUCUUCUCAGAAGAAACCACCUAUUUUUGCCUUCUGUUUGAGACCACGAGGCUUGGAAAUACCAAACAAAGGUUCAAAGCAGAGGUCUCAUAAGAAGCUUAUGUUCACUGGUCAUCAUAAUGCUUUAAUGAGAGAUCAAGAUGGUUCCAAUACAUUUGCAGGGAGAAAAAUCGAUGGAGUUUCAGUUGGUGAGGUUGCUAUCUCCAGCUAUGAAUCUUCUGAUUCUUAUCAUGGGCUUCAGUACCGAUCUACCUUUUCACCAAGGGAUACUGCAAGCACAGAAUCUUUAUAUACUAAUGAUGGUUCAGAGAGAUAUCCAGAACCAAAGUUUUACAGAAAUAUUUCAAAAAAGAUUGAUGCGUUCCUAUCCCCGAGGGAUCCUCAAGAAACACCAUUGUCAUAUAACCAAAGAUCAAAUAGAAAUGGAAUCAAUAAACGGAGUUAUGAAUUUUGUGAAUGGUCCAGCAUAAAGCAAUCUCAAUGCACUGGAUUUCAGAGACAUCACACUGACAUGGAUGAGUUCAGGCUGCGCGAUGCAACAACUGCAGCUCAGCAUGCAUUGAACAUGGCUAGACUUAAAAGAGAGAAAGCACAGUGGUUGCUACACAAAGCGGAUCUUGCGCUUCAUAGAGCCACGGUUGCAAUUAUGACUGCAGAGGCAAUAAAAGCAUCUGAGAAGGAUACUGUUGGUGAUGGGUAAUACGAGGAAUCAGGGAUAUCUUGGUCAGAUAUAUGACAAAUUGAUUUUUCAUGUGUUUUAUCAGUUUUCUGGAUAAAAGCUUCUUUGGAGAUUGGUUUUGGCAUAUUCGUCUUCAAGGGCCUCUGAUUAGUGAAUGUUUGAUGGAUUCCAAGUGUUGUCGAUAUGGGAACCAUGCAGAGACAGAAAUGGGUUUUUUUGAGAAUUUUGUUCAGCUGCUUCAGUUCAACUGUCAGCUUUCAAAUGUAGUCUUCUCUAAAGGGGAUUUCUUAUCCCUCGAGAUAGUUGUAGUUUUUUGUGCUAAUCAUGUACAGAACUUUUCUUUGUUCUUUUUACCUGUAUUUCUGCAAAUGUCUAAUGAAGCGUUUUGUACGAAGUUCUUCGGUGCCUCA